AUGUCAAACAUGAACAGACCAAGAGAUGAUAUUUAUAUGGACGUUGCCUCUAUGGAUAUUAUGGACGUUUAUACUGAAGCACAAUCUGAGCCAAAUGUUAAUUCUUUUCUUAAGAAGUUCUAUUACACUAUGAAAGAGCCGUCAUAUAUCGACUGGAAAAUUAAUAACAGUGAUAAAGUUAAAAGCGAUGAAGAUAGACAAGAUUUAAUAAGACAAAAGCUUGAAAGUAUUAGGAGAUGCGAAAGAAUAUCUAGAUAUUUGGAUGAAAAUAGUAUAGGACUUAAUUCAUUUAAUACAUGGAAUAGAAAGUUUGCAAAGAAAUAUAAUAAAAAGACUGUUGAUCAGAGUACUAUUCCAGACUGGGUUAGAAAGUUGUCUCGUAAACACACUGAAGAAGUUGAUGUUGAUGAUAUCCAUGAUGAAGAAAUUGAAAACGAGUCUAAGUGUGCUUUACUUAAGCCUAUUAAAUCUAUGGAUAGUGAGAAAAAGCCUAAGAAAGCUGAAACUGAUGAUUAA